AAGAAAGUGAAAUGACGUAGACCUUCUGCCUGUUAUACGAACAUAUACUCACAGAUGUCAAAACAGCUGAAGCUUGAAUCUACUCCUGAUUCUACUUGCACCCUAGAGGGAAAAUGCAGAGGGAAGAAUUGGUUUUCAAAGAACAAGCGUGGCUUAACUUACUUUCUCGGCUGACAGUUGAGAUGCACGUCUUCGAGGUUUCUCAAGAGGCAGCUCGUACUGGUCUGUCUUGUUGGAGCGUCCCCACUCUGAACUCGGGACAAUCCGGCCAGCGGGCUGAUCGCCAGGGGGCAUCAGCACUGUGGGGUUACUUGUGAUCAGAGGCGGGGAACCAGCAGAAAGCUCAUAGUGCUGAGUAGGGUGAUUUAAGAUAGAUGAGUAUUGAGCAGCCAGUCUUGCAACUUGUUGAGCAUUGUGUAAGACAGCGGCACAUCGCAGAUAAAAGUCGCCCCGCUACAAGCAAUCUUUUCCUUGAGGUGCAAUAAAGAGGAGCAGAUGAACAUGGAGAUUGGAUUGUGGAAUUCGUUCAGACGACCUAAGCUGCAAAGAGAGAGGAGUUACAUAAAAGUAAAUGCUGAAAUCAGAGUGAUGUCCUCGUCUAGCCGGAUGCUGGUGUGCGCCCUGGCUCUCGCACUGUACAUGGUGGAAGUUGCCUCGGCAGAAACGCUCUGCGGAGGAGAGCUGGUGGAUGCGCUGCAGUUUGUGUGCGAAGACAGAGGCUUCUACUUCAGUAGACCGACCGGCAGGAAUAGCAAUCGACGCUCUCCGACUCGAGGGAUCGUAGAGGAGUGUUGCUUCAGGAGCUGUGACCUUAAUCUUCUGGAGCAAUACUGUGCCAAGCCUGCUAAGUCAGAAAGGGACGUUUCGGCCAUGUCUCUUCAGGUCAUACCGGUGUUGCCAGUACUAAAACAGGAAGUCCCAAGAAAACAUGUGACCGUCAAGUAUUCCAAAUAUGACUUGUGGCAGCGCAAGGCAGCCCAGCGUCUCCGGAGGGGCGUCCCAGCCAUCCUACGGGCCCGGAAGUUCCGGCGACAGGCGGAGAGGAUCAAGGCCCAGGAGCAGGCCCUGUUCCAUCGACCCCUCAUCACGCUUCCCAGCAAACUGCCUCCGGUCCUCAUGCACACGGAAAAGUACGUCAACCACAAAUGAGUUUGGGAUUGUUUGCACAGGAGAAGAGUUGGAAAAGAAGAGGAAGAAAAAAAAGACUAGGGGAUUAAAGCUUUGUCUCUGACGUCAUCUCUGUGGCAGUUUUCUCCUCUCCAUCGCCCCCCCCCCCCAGCCCCAGACUACCCAACCCUCCCCAUACGUACAUGCUCACAUUCUUCACCCAUCUCUGUUCGUACUCUGUCAUUCAAAACACAAAAGGACACAACAAAAACUGAGAGAAUAAAGAGUUAGCAGUGGAAAAAAGGCUGAAUGCACUUCAGGUGGAUCCUAAAAGAAUAGAAGAACAACACGGAAAGGAAGAUGGAAAAGCCGCCUGGCUUGCAAGUGUCAAGAGGAGAAUUUUUUUUUCUUUUGAUGUUUUUUGUGAUUUCUGAGGACACCAGAAUGUGCUUAGCAUGAAAGAAUCCAUUCCACACAAUUUCUCCCAAGACAUAAGUAUCUCUUUUAGUCCUUUUUUGAUUAGUUUGCACCUAAACUGUAAAGGAACAUCCACACUGUAAGGAAUUAUUUUGUAAAAUUAGAUUCCUGUUCCAGCACCUUGUAAUCACAAACAAAAAGCAGAAAAGAGUCUGCAAAUUGCACAUCGCCACGGAUUACGUCAAAGUUCUUGUUAAGUAAAUAAAAAAGGCACUAUUUUUUUAUGGACUAUGAACGUGUAGCUCAAAAAAAUGUCAUGGUGCUAGCUUGGGGAUGGACGCAAAGAAGAGGAGAUUGAAAAGCACGUUUUUUUUCUUUGAAUAGUUAUUAAAAACUUUCCGUUUUAAGGAAAGUGUGACUUUUAAAAUAAAAGUGGAAAGAGAAUGAAGAGGGUCUAUUGGCUGAACCGGCGAGAGAGGGGAAGUUACUGUUGCGGUGGCAGUGGUGGUGCGUUGUCGCGUUCUGCUGCUGUGGUACACACGCCAGGCCAUGCCUCUGGUCCCGGCUACUCCCAUGAGGCCUGCAGUUGCAGUGCACUGUGGGAUAGUGAGGGGAGGACAUCACGCCUGCGAAUGGACUGCUCUUCCUGUUAGUGCUGGCUGCGCCACGGUAUCUUACCUUGCACUUCAGGAAGUGAAACCUUAAAAGACAUGGAAGAAGUGGGAUGUUUGAUUUUUUUGUUUUUGUUUUUAUUCAAGUUUUUUUUGUCCUCAUCAUGGAAAUGUUUCAAGGAAAAAAAAAGAAAAAAAAGUUUCUGGUACCGUGACAUUCCUGUUUUGGUUUUGUUCCUGAUUUUUGUGGUAAUGUUAUUUUACAGUUCUGAAGAAAGGCACAAAUUUCAAUUCAAAGGGAAAAAACGCAAUAAUGUCAACUAACAAUAUAUUUUAAUGUAUAUCAGUAGUAUUCACAUGCUUUUGCCUGAAAACAAAUACUUGAAUAUAUAUAAAUAUAUAAUUAGUUUCCAGGGACGUCAUGUUAUAUUCUUUUAGUCUGAGCUGUAUCAUGCGUAAUGAGCCGCAAAGCUUUUUGUUUGUUUGUUUAAAUACAAAUAAGGGCACUGUAUAAAGGCAUUAUUUAUUUUGUUAUAAAAAUAUAUAUGAAAAUUGGUCCAAAUAAUAUACGUAGCACUGAUGCUCAACUGACGGAUUUAUUUUAUAUGCUCUCUUUUUUUCCCGAUUUACUUGUAAUGCUUUUUGUAGAUGCUUUGUACCAAAAAUAUUUCCUUUUUUCCUUUUGGUUUGCCACAGAGCGAUUUUAAAUGAAUAUUUCAACAGCAGCAGUAGCCUGGAUUGCUUAGGCAUGUUAUGUCACAAAAAUAGGCACAUAUUCUGAAUACUCUUUUCUGCAUGGCUCCGUGAUCUGCCAAAUGGGGUUUCUGCUAAAAGGAAAGGAAAAAACCUCCAUGCCUGACUUCCAUCCAGUGCGGUUUGCAACUAUCCAGACAAACCUCUUCCAAGUAUGCAUUGAUUGUACUCAAACCCACUACAGUUUAAGCCACUUCAGUAUCAAUCAUGGUAUCGCUUUGGACAAAAGCGUCUGCUAAAUGACUUAAUGUAUAAGUGAUACUAUCUUUAUAUCUGGUUUUUUUUUCUUCUUUAUUUGUGAUUUUUUUAUUUUUAUUUGCAGACUUUGUUUGUGUAGAGCUGUGUGUGUUUCCUCUGUGCAGUAUGUGGCUGGGUAUGAAGUGUGGGCAGGUGGCAGCGCUCAGGGCAAAGGGACCUUAUGUUAGAAAGAGCAUCUCUGUCCUACCUUACCGAUGCCUCACGCCAAUAUCCAGCCAGCCACUCUAGUCAGGCUUCCUUUCAUCUGUACCCCUAGGUCACAUAGAGGUGAUUGAGGCAUUCAUUGUGGGAGAGAGAGAGUGUCAGCAUUCUCCAUCCACUCUUUCCUCAGAGUCUCUCUUAAUCUCUCUUUCUUAUCAACAAUAUGCCCCAAAUCUUAUAAACUGCCUUUACCCGGGAUGGGUUUGCCUCCUUUCUCGCAUCAGUGUGUAUUUGAUGAAGGGCUACCAUACUGAUCCUCAUCUUAAGCAGUUGAUAUACUCAGGAAACGAUAUGGUCUGCCAGAGAGAUUAAAGAGAGACACUCGUGGGCCGCCACCCUCCACCUGUGUAGCAGCACGACAUGCCCCCGUCCAAAAACGAUGCCUCAUAGCUCUCCUAGCCUGUUUGCGUGGUUUGUUGAUUGGCUCGCUCGUUCCGUUUGACCUAACGAGACUGACAACUCGUUUGGGACGAGCAGAGUUAUGCCUGUGUUAAGCCUGUGUCCUGUCUUGUACUGUUUAAACUACCUGUUCUUUUAUUGUCUUCAUCAUCGUGCUGGGUUGUGCCUCCAGCUGCUCAAAGUCAUUGGUGGGCCUCUCUGCAUCACUAGGCCAUGUUAUAGCUGUGAUAGCUGCGUCUGUUCGAUCGUCCCAUUUCAGUUGUAUAACAAAGCAGUGCAAUUAUUAUUAUUAUUAUUAUUAUUGUUAUUAUAAUGAUGAUUUAUUAUUAGGAUAUCCCAUAUUUCCAGUGACAUUACAACAUAUUUCUUUGUAUGUUCUACUGCUAGGACUGCAUUCAUUUUUGUUGUGUUUGAACAGGCUACUACUCGUCGAAGAAAACCUCUUUUUUUUUUCUCGCUGAUAUGAAGGGAUCUCUUUUUGCCUUCCAGUGGCAAGAUUUUAGUGUCGGUAGCCUUCUCAUCCUGUGCCAAUUUCAUUACUUUAACCUCUGCACGCUAGAACGUCCGAAUGCACAAUUCAUGUACUUUCAUUUUUAAUAUCAAUAAAAAAACAUUUUAUCAAAA